AUGACCCCCUGUAGUGACAAUAAUGAGCAGACUGAUGACGGAGCAGAAGAAGCCAACAAGAACGAGAAGAGAAGCAAAGCAGCAAAGCAUGUAUCUUUCCCCCCUGAUGAACAGAUAGUAUCCGGCUUUGCUGAGCACAGGGACGCUGACAGAAAGGUUGACAGCUGCCUCACCUUGACAGAGGUAAUGGUGGCAUACCAGCAGAGCUGCAGCAGACACCAGGUUCAACCCAGAGCGCACAUCCUGCAACAGCUCCAGCAGGGUGUGUGUGUAGGUGGCAGUGUGAAAUGUCUGGAUCUCAAAGGUGAGCGAUUAGACCACCGCUCCUGUGAAGCUCUGGAAGUCGUUCUGAAAUCGCUGCACUUUGAUUUCAUCAAUCUGCAGGCAGCCCAACUGGAAGAAAAUGGAGCAUCAUCCUUGCUGGAUAUGAUUUUGUACUAUGAAUCUACAACCCAUCUUGACAUUUCUGACAACAGCAGUAUGGGAACAUUGUGUUGGAGGGCCCUCGCUCAUUUGAUAAAGCAGAGUGUGCGUCUGUCCAGACUGGAUGUGUGUAAUGUUCCCAUGGUUGACUACCCAGCCCAGUCUCUAGCUAAUGCUCUGCUGACCAGCCAGCUCACAGUGUUGCACCUGCACAAUGCCCAGCUCAGCGGCAUGCCGCUAUACACACUGGUUGGCGCACUGAAGUCAAACAAGGCUUUGCAAGAGCUCUACCUUACCAACAACCUGCUGAACAGCUACCAGGAUGCCCUGCAGCUAGGAGACCUGCUACGCUACAACACCACUUUACACACACUGGAGCUCAGCAGCAAUGCUGUGGCAGAUGCUGGUCUGGAGGAACUGUGUGAUGGUCUGAGGUGGCAGACAGCAGGUGUGAAGGUCUUACUGCUGAGGAACAACCAGAUCACUGCAAAUGGAAUGGUCCAUCUGGCCAAGGCUCUGCCCAUGCUGAAGGUCCUGCAGGUCCUGGAUUUGGGUGAGAACCUCCUGGGGAAUGAGGGGAUCCAGGUGAUCAGAGAGCCUCUGAUGGUGAACCGCUCUGUGUUGCAGCUCGGCCUGGCCCAGGCAAACAUCACAUGUGAAGGAGCUGUGGCGUUGGCAGAGUUUCUUGCAGAGAGUCAUCAGAUUCAGCAGCUGGACCUGCGUCAGAAUGACGUGAAGGUUGGAGGCCUGAUGGCCUUGAGUCUGGCCCUGAGGAUCAACCAUUCGCUGACUAGCUUGGAUGUUGACCACAUCCUCCCACAGGAGCAGGAUGAGUUUCUGAUGGAGACGCAGAUGAGGCUUCAGUCAGAGAUCACCCAGCACUGCCUUGCCAACGCCAGCCACUCCCGCCACGCCAUGGAGGCUUUACCCGCCGAGGCUGAUGGAGGAGCUGACAGCAUGACUACAGCCUGAGCUCAC